AUGCCGAUAUCCGUUAUCUAUUUCUAUCUGCGUCGCCCAGAUGUCACCCCGGAACACUUCCAAUCUUAUAUGGAAGAAACGCAUGUACCUUUGAUCAAAGAGGUGUUCGAGAUGCAUUCGCCGCUGUCUUUGAAGCUACGUUACAUAGUACGCGUCAAGACUGGGGCUGGCGACCGGUUAGGUGCUGUCACAUCAAGCAGAGGACGAGCGGAUCCAGAUGCGCCAGUCGUCCUGGUCGGGUCACCCAGCGAUGUGGAUUGGGACGCAAUAGGAGAGAUGGUUUUUCGCGAUGAGUUGCACGUGCAGCAAUGUCUGGCGGUGAUGAACGGUCCCGGUGGGCAGCGAAUAAAAGAGGACGAGGAAACCAUUGCGAUAACGGAGAAAACCCGAGUGAUACUCAUGGGCGAGGAGAGCACUUUCAUGUGA